AUGGCGGUGUACGCAGCGGCGGCGGCCGUGCUUGCGGGCGUGGAGAGCCGCCAAGGCUCCAUCAAGGGGCUGGUCGUCCGUGCUCUCGGCCCCGCGCAGAACGUGAAGCAGCUGUACGCGCUGGUGUGCGAGACGCAGCGCUACUCCGCCGUGUUGGACGCUGUGAUCGCCAGCGCCGGCCUCCUCGGUGCAGAGAAGAAGCUGCGGCCACACCUGGCCAAGGUGCUAGUGUAUGAGUUGUUGCUGGGAAGAGGCUUUAGAGGGGGUGGGGGCCGAUGGAAGCCACUGCUGGAACGGCACCAGGCAAGGCUGAAGGCUGAGUUAGCCCGGCUCAAGGUUCAUCGAGGUGUGAGCCGGAAUGAGGACCUGUUGGAAGUGGGAACCAGGCCUGGCCCAGCCUCCCAGGUGCCUCGGUUUGUGCGCGUGAACACUCUCAAGACCUGCCCACAUGAUGCAAUUGAUUAUUUCAAGAGGCAAGGUUUCUCCUACCAGGGUCAGGCUUCCAGCCUCGAGGAGCUAAGGGCCCUCAAAGGGAAGCGUUUUCUUCUGGAUCCCUUGUUGCCAGAGCUGCUUGUGUUUCCUGUCCAGACAGAUCUACACGAACAUCCACUGUACCAAGCCGGUCACCUCAUUCUACAAGACAAGGCCAGCUGUCUGCCUGCCAUGCUGCUGGCUCCGCCCCCAGGCGCCCAUGUCAUCGAUGCAUGUGCUGCCCCUGGCAAUAAAGCCAGUCACUUGGCUGCUCUUCUGAAGAACCAGGGGAAGAUUUUUGCCUUUGACCUGGAUGCGAAGCGGGUGGCGUCUAUGGCUACUCUGCUGGCCCGGGCUGGAGUCUCUUGCUGUGAGCUAGCUGAGAAGGACUUCUUGGCAGUUUCACCCUCAGACCAGCGCUAUUGUCAGGUCCAGUACAUCCUGCUGGAUCCUUCCUGCAGUGGCUCUGGUAUGCUGAGCAGACAGCUGGAGGAGCCCGGGGCAGGCACCCCCAGCCAGGAACGCUUGCGUGCCCUGGCAGGGUUCCAGCAGCGAGCUCUGUGCCACGCGCUCACCUUCCCUUCCCUGCGGCGCCUUGUCUACUCCACAUGUUCCCUUUGCCAAGAGGAGAAUGAAGAUGUGGUACAAGAGGCCUUGCAGCAGAGCCCGGGAACCUUCAGGCUGGCUCCUGCCCUCCCCUCCUGGCCCCAUCGAGGCCUUAGCACUUUCCCCGGUGCCGAGCACUGCCUGCGGGCCUCUCCUGAGACCACGCUCACUGGUGGCUUCUUCGUUGCUGUUCUUGAAUGGGUAGACGUGCUGAGCUCAGUCUCAGAGUCUGAGGCACUGGCUCCAGAACUUCCACCCAGUCCAGCCCCAAAGAGAAAGAAGAGGCGGCGAAAAGCAGCGGCCGCUCCAGGCACACCACCCUGCACAUAGCAGGUGCUCAGAGCCGAGUCUUUGUGGGGAGGGAUGAGGCCACUUCUCCCCUCAGUUUAACCCUGGGUCCUUGGUCCCAGGCAGCACUUUUGUUUUGAAAGGGUAUGUCCUUUUUAUUGGUGCAGGAAGGAACUGGUAACCCUGUUUCUCAAGCUGGAGAGACAUGGAUUUCUUUGUCUGUUGGGUCUCUUCCCUGGGUCAUAUUCAUGCUGCUGAGAGAAUUCGGCUACCCGCAGAAAUAAAAAGACAUGGUCCACAAUA